AUGCCUAACACGCCUCGUGAAAAAUGUGUGAUGUGUGAAAAAAGUUUUGAUCAAGUCGAAAUACGUACGAUCGGAGACGGGCUUUUACGUGUUUAUGUUGCUGUGCGCGCGUCAAAGCGUAUAUUUUCAGAAGAGUAUAUUUGUCAACGGUGUCGAUGGCAAUUUUUCAAUUGGUUACGUUUGAUGGAAGGUGACUUUGAUCGAUUUUGUUCACGUGACAAAAGUGAUAAUGAAUUCUUAACCAAUGAUGACGAUAAAACUGCCAUGGUUGUUGAUAACUAUGAGGAACGAAUUAUGGAAUCAAGCGUUCAAACUGAUCCGCAGACACCAAGAAUUAGUAUUCCUGUUUUUAGGUGCUCAAAAAGUCAUCAAUCUUGUGUUGUAUGUGGUAUUGAGAUAAUAUCGGCUAAAGUGCUAUCAUCUGUCCAACGGACGAUGAUCUUUUUGAAACGUGGUGUUUUUGUUUCUCCCGGAUCGCGUUGUUGUUCUGAACAUGUAGUCAAGAAACAGCUCACCGUUGAAUCUUUCGAUAAGAUUUGUAUAUCUAAAACUGAUUGUUGGACACUUGAUUCAUUCGGAUUACAAGUAUUGCUCACGGAUAUACGAUCAAUGUUGCUUCAACAAAACAGUUUUAAUUUUGAUGAUCCAACAUCGUUGAACGAAGAAGCAUACAAAACUAUUGUCGGACUGACAAAAGAUCAAUUCAAUGAUCUUAUUGGAACCGUGUCCUCGAUGAGAAACUCUCAUACACGUUCUAUUCGUACAGCUGUAGCAAUAUUUCUCGCAAAGAUGCGUCUAUCUUUGAGCAAUCGACUAUUAGCCAUUCUAUUUCAUAUAGAUAAUAAACGCAACGUCUCUCAUAUCAUCAGUCAAGUACGUAUAGCAUUGAUGAAAGAUUUUGUUCCGGUUCACUUGGGUCUUCAUCAUAUUGAUCGAGUAACCGCCAUUAAUCAACAUCAAACUGCGAUUGCCACAAUCCUUCACACUACGAAACCUCAACAGCUUUGUGUGGUGGCUGACUCAACAUAUCUGUUUAUACAGAAAUCGAGCGACAAUAAGUUUCAAAGAAGGUCUUAUUCAAUGCAUAAGCAUCGACAUUUGGUUAAGCCGAUGAUACUUACUACCACAGACGGUUAUAUUCUAUGUGUGAUGGGUCCCUUCCUAUCUGACUAUAAAAACAACGAUGCAUCAAUAUUUAAGCAUUGCGUCUAUAACAAUGAACAAGAUAUUCUGAAUUGGCUACACGAUGAUGAUGUUUUAAUUCUCGAUCGAGGUUUUCGUGAUACGGUUCGAGCAAUGAAACAAUUUGGGUUUCAGGUCGCUAUGCCCAGUUUUCUAAACGGACGAAAACAAUUUUCCCUCGAAGAGGCGAAUCUCAAUCGUUGCAUUACUAAAGUUCGAUGGAUAGUAGAGAGUGGUAGGGCUUAUGCUAAUUAUAUUGAUAUAACUUGCGCAUUAAUCAAUGCUUAUGGUUCACGUUGUGUGCAAGAUAUACAUUCGGGCACUGAAAUGGCUACUCAAAUGCUUCAAAAGUGUCAAACAACAAAUCCUGUUCCAUUGCGUCUUCUUGAAUUGCUAGAAACAAAAUUGCAGUGGAAAAAAUACGACGCGCAACUGUUAAUUUUCCCAGAACUCACAGAACAAGAGCUACGAAACUUAUGCUACGGAACUUAUCAAAUCAAACAAGCGAAAUCCUACAUUAGAGAACAUCUCACGCAAUCUCCUCUUGUGGACAACGACAUGGAAUUUAUCAUCGAACUUUGUGCACAACACAAUGAUCUUGUACGAGCUCGCUUUGAAUCCCGUCAUUGUAACAACAAAAAUCACAUCGCUACCGUACAAUUCAAGCUCUAUACAGAGUCCCCUAUUUCUGGCUGGUAUUGUACCUGUGCAUCAGGGUGGCGUGAUGUGGGAUGCUGCGCUCACGUGGCGGCUUUGCUAUGGCAUCUUGGUGUUCGACGAGCAAACAUCAACGAAAACACUCACCCGCUUUCAGCUGGUCACCUUUUUGCGUCGAUAGACGACAGCAUGCAAUUUUCAGAAGUAGAGGAGAGCGAUGAAGAUCAGGACGAUAAUGAUAACGAUAAUCAUGUAUAUAGUGUUGCUAGCAACAGUACCAAUAGUGAUUAUAGCACUACUGAUGAAGAAGUCGUCGAUUGA